AUGGCUGCCACAGCGACGAUCUCGUCCUCGACGACGCUUCCUGUGGUGGGCAGAUCGACCAUGAGCCUUGUCGGGGCUUCUAGUCUCUUGGGUUCAGCUGCAAGCCAUCUUGGCACCAGCUUGAGUAACAACAGCAACAGCACGAGCGGCAGUAGUGGAGCCACCUGUGUGGGUGUCUCAUCUUCGCCGGCCUCCUACAACAGCAGCAGCACCUCAUCUGCAUCGGGUCAGACAAUCGCUGGCUCAUUUUUGAACUCCAUCCCAGCUGGGACUUCAUCAUCUGCGGCGGCAACCUCAGCGGCGGCAGCAGGACUGACAGCCGCUUCUUCAUCAAAAUCAUCACCCACGAUACCGUCGGCAUCUUCGGCACCUUCGGCGGCGGCGAUCAAGGCGGCUCCCUCAACCCCCGCUCCUGCUGUUGUCACUGCAACUCUCCUCAAGCCUACAGCACCAGCGCCACCUCCUAUUGCAAAGACGACAACAGCGGCUCCUUCGAUCGGCGCCACUUUGCCUACUACGGCAACGAAGGUUACCGGUGCUGGUUCAUCGGCGACUGCUGUUUUAGCACCAACCCCGAUCGCAUCAGUGUCGACACCCUCGCCUGCACCAGCACCUGCGCCUGUGGUAUCUUCAUCUAUUGGGGAAGCAACAACGUUCUUCGAUGACAUGAUCAAUGCGCCUCAACCACCAGCCAAUAUUUUGACACUGAGCCCAACAACAUCGCUCCCGGAUUUGUACCACGAUUUCUUUGACAACCACCCGGAGCUCUAUGACUCGGACUACUCGUCCGAUCCAGAGAUGGAUCUUGAUAUGGAGGACGACUUUUCGUCCUCGGCCAUGAUCCGCGCUCGCACCAUGGCCGAUAUUCGUCAGGCCAACCCUAUGUGA